CAAUAUAUGAAACAGAACAAAUAGCCAAAACGAGGAAUAUGUGCGUGUGUGUGAGUGAGAGAGAGAAAGGAAAACGAGAAUGUUCAAGAAGGCGGUGGAGGCGAAGUCUCAUCAGAGGUUGUCAGGUGCAGACAGGAAGAAGCUGAAGCGAAGCAUUAAGGAGAAAUUCCCAAGAGCUUCUGAUUCCGACUUAGACGUUUUGCUACCUCCAAAGGCAGAGAUAACAGUUUCCAAGUUUCAAAAUCGAGUACAUGUUUUUUCUGUUGAGGGAGGCUUUCCUAUGUUUUUCGAUAUUGAUGGCCGCUCCUCUGAAAUUUACCCUACAGUUUAUGCUCUGUGGGUGGUUCCAGAGUUACUCCCUUGUUUCAUGCUGAAGGGUGGUGAGGUUUCUCGUUUUAUUAUUGGAGGAGCUGAUUUAAUGUUCCCAGGUAUCAAUGUCCCUCUUCAAGGUCUUCCUUCAUUUGUAGCUGGUGAAACAUGGUCUGUUAAAGUACCCGGAAAUCCUGCUCCUAUUGCGGUUGGGAGUACCACAAUGAGCAGCACUGAAGCUUUAAAAGCUGGAUUGCGUGGAAAGGCCUUGAGAAUAACUCAUUAUUAUCGUGAUUUGCUUUGGGAAACAGUUGAGGGCCGUUAUGUGCCUAAUGCUGGUUUUUUUGAAGAUGCUGUGUUUGAGGAUCCUUCUUUAUUAUCACCUUCUCAUAAUUCUGAUUUCACCGAGGUUGAUUGUGAGACAUCAAUUGAUCAACAGGGAAACACAAAAAGGUCUGAAGUGGUGGAAUCUAUGGAUGUGAAUGAGCCACAAGCUGAGUCCAGUACUGCAUUGGCAACACCGAAUGAUGAUGCUGCAAAUGAAGUAACUGAAGGCGUGGCUGAUUUGAAGUUACCGGAUACUGGCUCUGCUGGUGACCCAAAUGACCGGCAUAGUCUAUCAACUGCAGACAUAGAUUUGCUGUUGGACAAGUGCCUUCUACAAGCAUUGCAUACAACACUGAAGGACAAAGACCUUCCCAUGCCCGGAAGCACUCUAUGGUCAAACCAUGUAUUACCGUGCAGGCCUUCAGGGAUUACUUUAGACGUCAAGAAAUCAUCCUACAAGAAGUUAUCAAAGUGGUUACAAGCAAAAUCCUCCUCCGGCUUGAUAUCAGUGAAAGAAGAUAAAUACAAAAAAGAAGUCAUUCUAUUUUCAGUAAACCGAAACCAUGCUGACUAUUCAUCCUUUAAGCCUGAAAAAAGGCCAGUGGAGAAAAGCGACCAGCCUAGUGUUCAAUCUGCCAAUGAAAUUUUUUCAUCCAAAACUCUUGAAGUGGCUGAAAUCUACAAGCCAAGUGUACCUGUCAAUUCCAUAUUUUCAUCUGUAGGAGCUGACACGGGGAAACUUUAUAGUGCUUCUGAAGCUUCUGAUACUGUCUUCAAAUACAUUGAAAAAGAAAAUCUUGUGAAACCAACAGAUAAAUCUAUUGUGGUUCUAGAUGCAAUGUUAUGUGAUGCACUGUUCAAGGGGGCUAUUAAAAAAGGAACAACAUAUCCUACAGAAAUUCACAAGAAAGAUGUAGGGCCAACAUUUGUGAGCCGUAUGCAACCUCACCAUGUUGUGACAAGGGGAAAUGAAUCUGUUGUUCGUAAAGGUGCACUUAAAACUAUCCAGUUAAUGACAGAGCGGCGGCAAGGCAACAAGAAGGUAACCAAACUCUCUGGUAUGGAAACCUUUCUUAUAGAUGCUGAAGCAUUGGCAUCAGAACUGCAGAAGAAGUUCGCUUGCAGUACCUCUGUUGCAGAACUACCAGGAAAGAAAGGGCAUGAAGUCCUGGUUCAAGGUGGAGUUAUUGAUGACCUGGCAAGGCAUUUGAUUGAACAAUAUGGAGUUCCAAAGAGAUAUAUUGAAGUUCUUGAUAAAACAAAGAAAUGAGCUACAUAAAGUGGUUGUUUGUAACAUUGCUGUUAGUGCUUUACUUGGAUAUGAAUUUUUGUAGUAUUGGGUUGAGUUGAAUAUAGGAGGAGUAAACUGAGAAUAGGAAUGGACAAAGUUCUUUCCAUUUGUCAUCUAUUAGAAGUAACCUAAUGUUCCACCUAGUUUUUGAGUAGAAGCUUUAUCUACAGCAGUUUACGUUAUUAAUUGAUUGCCUUCUCAAACACUAGAUUUUGGCUCUCCUUA